CCUCACCAGGAUGUGAUGUCCGUCUGAUCACUGGACUCUCUGUCGAGGAGGAAUCAGCAGAAGCCCUGGACAGAUAUCACCAUGGACCAGAACAUCACCGGCGAAAAGACAAGCCAACCUGCCUCAUUGAGCCUGCAGGAGACUUCCCCACCCCAGCAGAACAUCACCUAUGUUGACUUCUACCUCCACAAGCGAUCCGUGGCGGCCAUCUUCACCGUCUCCUAUCUGCUCAUCUUCCUGGUGUGCAUGGUGGGAAACGGCAUUGUGUGUUUCAUCGUGCUGCGCAGCAAGAACAUGCGCACAGUCACCAACCUGUUCAUCCUCAACCUUGCCAUCAGCGACCUGCUGGUGGGCAUCUUCUGCAUGCCAACCACUCUUGUGGACAACAUCAUUACAGGUUGGCCGUUCGGAAACCUUGUUUGUAAGCUGAGUGGAAUGGUUCAGGGAAUUUCUGUGUCGGCUUCUGUCUUCACACUGGUGGCCAUCGCCAUAGACAGGUUCCGCUGCAUCGUCUACCCAUUCAAGCAGAAGUUCACCAUCACCACCUCCAAGCUGAUCAUCGUCAUCAUAUGGGUCCUGGCGGUGUUCAUGAUGUGUCCCUCUGGGGUGAUGCUGCAGGUCACAAAGGAGCACGGAGUCCGAAUCAUCCAAGGAAACGACAACAAGACCCUCCCCUUCUACUGGUGUCGGGAGAACUGGCCCAACCAGGAGAUGCGGAAGGUUUACACCACCGUGCUGUUUGCCAGCAUCUACCUGGCCCCCCUGAGCCUGAUCGUCAUCAUGUACGCCCGGAUUGGAUUCAUCCUUUUCAAGACGACUGUCCCCCAAUCGAGGGGCAGCGACACCAUGUCUGAUGGCAGCAGCCACAAGACACUUGGCGUGGAUCGUCGCCAUGUCGUUUCCAGGAAAAAGAAGAGGGUGAUCGUGAUGCUUCUGAUUGUGGCUUUGCUGUUUAUCGUGUCGUGGUUGCCGCUGUGGACCCUGAUGAUGCUGAGCGACUACGCCAGCUUGACGGAGCACCAGUACCGGGUCAUCAACAUCUAUGUGUACCCGUUGGCUCACUGGCUUGCCUUCUUCAACAGCAGCGUCAACCCCAUCAUCUAUGGGUUCUUCAACGAGAACUUCAGGAGGGGCUUUCAAGCGGCUUUCAAGCUCCAGUUGUGCUCCGGAAGCAUGGAGAAUCCAUUCCCACAUCGCAUCCGCGGCAACGCAGUGCUCCCCAUGCAUCCUGCUAUGCAGCUGAAGUCAGGCUCGAGGUUUGACGUGGUUUCAGUCUCACGGAAAAAAAGCUUGUCUCGGGAGGGAGGGCGCGUGUCUGGGAAAAGCGACGUUAAAGAACCUGACAUGAUCUUGGAAGAUUUGGAGAACGUUUCCCAGAUCUAA